AUGACCACCCCAAUCUCGAGAAAAGCAGAGAAGGCUGGAGAGGAUACGGCGAAGGUUGCUAAGGAGAAGACAGAUCGCAUCCGCACCCGCGUCGAAACCGAUGAGGACUUCCGUCGCAAGCUCAUCAUUGGAGGCGUGUCGGCGCUAGGGGCGGUCGCGUUAGGCGUUGGCGGCUACGUCAUUUUUAAGCGCCGAGACGACAUCAAGAAAUCUCUCAAGGACGCCCGGGACACUAUCAAGGAAAAGAUCGAGCACCAUGGCACCAAGCCGGGUCCCGCUGGAGGCGCAACAGGCGGUACUCAGCAUUAA